CCUGGAACAGGGCACAGCAACUGUAAGAUUUUCCGAUUUGCUUCUAACCUUUUCCCGAUAAUAAUAUUGCUUGCUGAGUUGGUUGUUGGUUAUCAAAUCAAAUAAAUCAAAUAGGCACCAUCGCUAAAGGACACUCCAGUCCAGAUGAAAACUUCAAUUCAUCUGUACAUUUCUGACGAAUUUUAAUUAAUUUAUUAUUCCUUUUUUUAUUCACUGUAUCACGACUGCGUUCCUGACUCCGCUCACGACUAGUGUACGACGACGAUCAUCCAUCCCUAUUCCUCUUGACAUCAUCCCUCGAUUUAGAAAUAAAUUUUUGAUGUUUUAGAUCCUCCAAGCAAAAAAAGUUGAUGACCAGGCAACAAUAACUACCACCAUGGCCAUCGCAAGGCCCGUCCGCGCUCUUGCGCUUGCUGUUUUUCUAGUUUGUUGUUUCUUCCUCUAUACGAUAUGGCGUCCCGAGACAGGUUUUGAGCCUAAUGCCGACUUUCGUGGUACCAUUGAACGAGAUCCCAAUCUGGAUCUCACAGGAGAACCCGUUGGUACGCUCGUACGCGCUAACGAGGGCAGUUAUGCCCCUGGAAUCGCCGGUACCUCGAGAAUAAAUGCGACAAUUUUGGCACUAGUGCGAAAUGAAGAAUUGGAUGGGAUGUUACAGUCAAUGCAAGAUUUGGAGCGAACAUGGAAUUCGAAGUUCAACUACCCCUGGACAUUUUUCAACGAUAAGCCUUUCUCCGAGGAGUUCAAGCGAAAGACGCGAGCGGCGACGAAAGCGGAAACACGAUAUGAACUCAUCCCGAACGAGCACUGGGAUGUCCCAUCCUGGAUCAACGACGACUUAUACAAAGAAUCCGUCAAGAUUCUCGAGGAUCACGACAUUCAAUAUGCCGACAAGAUUUCUUACCACCAAAUGUGCCGAUGGAACAGUGGUCUCUUCUACAAGCAUCCCGCACUUGCCGAAAUGCAAUACUACUGGCGUGUCGAACCCAAUGUCCACUUCUUCUGCGAGGUGGACUACGAUGUAUUCCGUUAUAUGUACGAUAACAACAAAACCUACGGGUUUACUAUUACACUCUAUGAUGCUCCCGCUUCGAUUACCACUCUAUGGCCCGAGACGAGCAAAUUUAUUGCCCAGCACCCCGAAUACCUACACGAUAACAGAGCUGAACAGUGGUUGACUGACAAGGAGCGUCGACCUGUGCACUGGGAUCAGGCGAAUGGAUAUUCCACAUGCCACUUCUGGAGUAACUUCGAGGUUGCGAGCAUGGACUUCUGGCGCAGCCAAGCGUAUGAAGACUAUUUCAACCAUUUGGAUCGUGCUGGUGGCUUCUUCUAUGAAAGAUGGGGUGAUGCACCGGUGCACAGUAUAGCACUUGGUCUAUUUGAAGACAAGACCAAGAUUCACUGGUUCCGUGAUAUCGGAUAUCAGCACAUCCCCUUCUUCAACUGUCCCAACUCGCCGAAGUGCAAAGGCUGUGUUACCGGCCGUCUCACUGAUGGUGAGGCUUGGUUAAAUAAGGAGGACUGCCGACCCAACUGGUUCAAGUACGUAGGAAUGGGUUAAACGCGAUCUAGCUAGAUAAAAUCUAGAAUAGAUAACACGCGACGGCUGCACGAUAUCGUCUGAUGCUGUACUAAUGUCGGGAAAAUCCCAUAAUGGAUAUGGAUAGCAUGGCGGCAAUGCGGUGUUUUUGGCGUAGAACGGGGUCACUUGAUAGAGGGGGG